AUGGCGACUGGCUCAGCGACCCCCGGCGCACCUCCGCCGCCUGCAGGCCCGCCGACACAGAAGGUGAGCGACGUCAUCACGAGUUUCCGGCCGUCAAGACGCUUCAAGCCAGGCAGCCAAAGCACAUCAGUCACCUCACUCGACUUCGACGACACGGGCGAACUGGCCAUUGUAGCCCGCGACGACGACACGCUCCAGAUCUACAACUGCAAAGAAGGCAAGCACGCCAAAGAGCUCAAGAGCCAGAAAUAUGGCGUCCACCUUGCCCGCUUCUCCCACCAUGCCCAGAGCAUCAUCUACGCGAGCACAAAAGUCGACGACACCAUUCGCUUCCUCUCCACCCACGACAACAGCUACAUCCGCUACUUCAAGGGCCACACCGACACCGUGACAUCGAUUGCCCUCUGCCCCUCGAGCGACACCUUCCUCAGCUGCUCCAAGGACAACACUGUCCGGCUCUGGAACCUCUCGUCCCCCAACUAUGUCGGCCUGCUGAAUCUGCACACCCCCUACCUUGCCGCCUACGACCCCUCGGCAACAGUCAUGGCCAUUGCCUCGCCACAAACUCAAUCCGUCCUCCUCUACGACAUUCGAAACUACGACAAACCCCCUUUCGCCACCUUUGACCUCCUCGAACUCGAACAGCGCUUCGUCGGCAGCCAACGCGGCGAAUGGACCAAGCUGGAAUUCAGCAACGACGGCAAACAUCUCGUCAUUGCCACAAACGGCGCCGGCCACUUCGUCCUCGACGCCUUCUCGGGCGAGAUUGCCCAUUUUUGCUACCGCAAGGCUGGAUCCUCGGGGCGCUUUGCGCCAGGGUCAUCGCACUCGAAUCACGCCUCUACCUCCAAUGGCAGCACGCCCGCCAAUGGCCAAGGCGACGUCUGCCUCACCCCGGAUGGCCAGUACCUGAUGGGUGGCUGUGGCGAAGACGGCCUAUUAAUCUGGGACAUUUCAAAACCGCCGACGAGCAACCACAUCAACGAGCCGAUGGAGAAGUUGCCAGGACAGGGCAAGGCAGCGAUUGUGGGCUAUAAUCCUCGCACCAAUUUGGUGGCGACUGCGGAUCGGGAUCUGUUGCUUUGGCAGCCGGAUCCGGAUUUGAUGAUGUAG